ACACAGUUCAACCAAUAUACAAGUUCCUCCGCUUCGCUGAUCAGGACAAGAAGCCGAACAUGUGCGAAGUCGUGAUGGCCUACCAGACUAUGAAACAGGAGCUGAAGUCUUUCUUUGGAACAAAUGUUUCCACACUGAAAGAGUAUGUUGAGGUGGUGGACGAGAGGUUGGAUGAUGUGUUCAUAGGCACGUAUGUGGGUCCAGCUGCUGUCCUAAAUCCGAGGUAUGCCUAUACGAUGGAACCAACUCAACAAAUGUUUCGUGGACUUAAGGAUACAUUUCAGCGCAUGACGGAUCUCCAGAGCGCCGUCCAGGCAUUGCAGGAGCUUGACGUGUUUCGGCAGAAAAUUGGCGAGUAUAGCAGUGAUAUGGCAAUGCGGAUGGCGAUGGACCCAAAGACAUCCCCAUCGUCCUGGUGGAUGAUGUUCGGAUCAAGUACUCCAAAACUGCAGUACCUUGCCAUGAGGCUUGUUUCACAAUGUUGUUCAUCCAGUGGAUGCGAGCGGAACUGGAGUACUUUUGCCUUGCUGCAUACAAAGGUUCGCAAUCGGUUGUCGCACAAGAAACUUAAUAAGCUUGUCUAUGUCAACUACAAUCUUCGUCUCCGACUCGAGGAGGUCUCCGGCCCACUGAUGCGUGAAGAAGGUGAUUUCAUUGACCAGCUAGCCCAUCUUUCAUUCUAUGAUGAGAAAAAUCCGGUGCGGGAAUGGAUGGAAUAUGGUAGAUCUAACCGGGCUCCAGUUCUGGACGAGGAUGAUGAUGACGGCGACAUCCCUCUCCCGUCCCAUAUUGUCAGAGAUCAAAUAAACGUGUCAGAUCUACGUGAGGCUACGGGGAAUGAUUCCAUCAGCGAUUGGGCACGUCAAAAUAUAGGUGACACUCACCUAGGGAAGAGAAAGUUGCACAAGGGGCCUAAGAAGGGUGACUCGAAGCGUCGAAAAGGCAAAGGAACAGCAAAACCAGUGAGCAGCGACACCGAGACUGAUGAUGGCGAAGGUGAGCGUAGUCCUCCGUAUCAGGAGUCCGAGGAUAGCAGCUCGGCCGAUGAUGGUGAUGAUGGUGACGGUGCUCAGCCUAAUGCUGGUGGUGGAGGUAGUGGUGCUGAUGAUGCUGCUGGUGGUAGUGGUCAUGCUCGUGGUGUUCGUUUCACAGGGGAAACUCAGUUCACACAUGCUACUCAGGACACCGACCAUGGAGCACCGCAAUCGCAGAGGAGAACAGGUGGACCGACGGACUAUGACAGUCCACAGAACUCUUCUUCCUCCUACAGCGAUUCGAGGCACUCUUUUCACUAUCCCAUUCCUGACAUCAGCAUGCAGCCACCGACGAGAUGGGUGUACGAAUGGGAAGACCCCCAUUUUUACACUAUGUUAGUUCAGGAAUGGCAGACAACAUCGGCGUGGACGGGCCAAACUUGGCAACACUACAAGGCUGAGCUGCUUAGAGUGCGAGGUAUCGCUUUGAUGUCCACCGCCGAAUACCAAACCGCAUCUCAAAUGGGGGUCUUCCCAUUCCUACGUUGAACUUUUCAUUUCAUGUGUAUAAGUGUAUGACUCCGUAUUUGUAUGCACCCUAUUACUAUUGUAUUUGUAUGCAUAAUUAUAACUCAUUGCUUUGGUAGGGUCAUUUACAUUAAAAUGUGCA